AUGUGCCGGAACAGGUUCGUCUUUGAGUACAGUGGACGAGUGGAGGAUGGCCCAAUCUUACGUGAUAAUCCUUAUUAUUUCAACUGCCUUCAGGUGACCAAAAUAUUACCUUUACAUGACGGAUGUGUCAACACUAUCUGCUGGGAUGAAAGCGGUGAGCUUUUGCUUUCAGGGUCAGAUGAUAGGCGCAUUUGUGUUACACGCGUCCUUACUGACUACUGUGAGGAGGCAAGCGUUCGACCGAUUUUUUCACUGAAACUUCCUGCGAACAGCAAUGUGUUCACAGCCAAGUUUCUUCCACAGACUUCUAACGGUCAGAUUAUCGUUGGUUUCAAGUGCGGUUGCGUCCUCAGCGUACGUACUGAUGCGGGUCCGGAGAACAGAGUGCAGCCCGUGUUUUGCCACAGUUAUGCCGUUUAUGAUGUUUUGACCUUCGACGAUCACCCGACCUGCUUUUUGACCUUAUCGCAUGAUCAGUCAGUGCAUUGGUUUGACACUCGUGAACCGUUUCCUUUUACGCGCUUUCGGUCGGUUUGCGGUCACCAUUGCUCCUAUGCAGGUCAUUCGAGUGCAGGGAAACCUGGUGCAAAAUUGACAGAACCAGGCCAAAUGCGCUUCCAGUUUCCUGUCACAGCCGGCGAUGUACACCCCAUGCAUGGAAUUCGUCAAGUGGCACUUGGUGGCGCAGAUGGAUUUGUUCGGUUGUUCGAUCUACGGCGUUUGACAAAGUCAGGUGUUUCUCCGAUGGGUGAGGCUGAUCAACCAAUUCCAUAUCAGUUGACUCGGCCCGCUGGACUUCCUGCACAAUUAACCGACCGUAGGGCCAUUCGUUUCGACUAUGGUCCUGCGCACAUUACUUCCGUUCAGUUUGAGCCACUUUACUCGGUGACGCAUCGGACACUUCCCUUUUCUUACCAAAACUCCGAAAGGAAUCCGCCAAUAUUCGGAUGUCGACGUCUUUUGGUCAGUCACAUGUACGCACCCGUCUUCCUAUUCGAUCUGUCCGAGUCCGAUACUUCUCCGGAACCUCAGACAGUUGAUUGGCUACCGGACCCACAGAGUAUGGUGGAAUCUCCUUCCACGGAUUCCUCGCACGAGAACGGGUCGAGAAGCACUGUGGACUCGGACCCCGAAAUUUGCAUUGCUAUUGCCUUCUUUCACUGGUUCGAGCGUCAGCGCGCCCACCGUCAGGAGACUGGCGUGCAGCAAUCUUCCACUCCACAAGAGGAUGAAGAGACGUCAGAUGAAGCAGAUGAAGAUCACCCUGCUGCUUCCGAUGAACAACCCGUACGAAUCCCCGUGUCCGACGAAGAUGCCUCUGCGAGAUCGAGGGUUUCUCCACUUGAACGUCUUACCGGUGAAUAUGUGGCCGAAGUGCUGGCUUCUGCCCCACGUGCUCGUCAGCUGAUGGCCUACCGUGGUCGUCGUAGUUGUCGCACGGUGAUAAAAACAGCCACAUUCUGGGGCCGCGAUUAUAUUCUCUCUGGCUCCGAGUGUGGUCACGUCAUUUCGUGGAAUCGUUGGACCGGUGAACCGGUCGGAGCCUUGAAGGCAGACGACACGGUGGUCAAUCGAAUCGCUCCUCACCCCACCUUAACAAUGUUUGCUUGCAGUGGUAUCGAUAAAACGGUUAAAAUCAUCGAACCUGAUCCUCGCGUUUACGAUGUGGACGAUGAUCUGGCCGAACGUUACGCACAAAUCGUCAAACAACGUAGUAGCGAAGCUUCCGAGCUAUGCGAGAAAAAUUCGAAAUAUAUGUUGGAUUCGUUGAGAACUGGCUCGUUGCAAUUUGAAAGGCUAGCUCGCCUGAGAACCGGUCAGGCACUGAGGAACAUCCUCCGCCGCCUGGCUAACGUAAACAGAUCAUCCGAUAAUCAGGAACCACCUGUCGAUUCUUCGAACCCAUAGUUCAACUUCAUUCAUGUGCUUUCAGAUAUUUCUCAUUGUCGAACAAGGUGCCCAGAGAGAGACAAGCCUUCUUUUACCCCCUUUUCAUUUUUGCUUUUACGCACAUUCGCUCGUCGAUUCUUGUUUGAAUCAAUUAUUCUCCACAGUGUUGGCGACGCAGUCACUGCUAACCACAACUAAGAUUUACAAUUGUGUAUAUUGUUGCGAACAAAGUAAACCCAUUUCCUCACCCUC